AGCAAGCUUAUAGCACCUCUGGAACUCUAGGAAUCAGAACAGGACAAAAAUACUACAAACUGAUCAGUGCAACUACUGGGAUUAAGAACAUCCUCAGUUAAACAUGUGGAAUGACUGCAGUGUUGUCCAAGAUGGCUCCUCACAGGCCCAUAAGAUGGCAGGCCGCAGGAAGAGGACCAGCUUCACCAAGGAACACUUAGAGCUCCUCCGCAUAGCCUUUGAGGUGGACCCUUACCCGGGAAUCAGUGUGAGGGAGAGCCUGUCUCAGGCCACCGGACUUCCAGAGUCCCGUAUUCAGGUAUGGUUCCAAAACAGAAGGGCCAGGACUCUGAAGAACAGAAACAACAGGAUGGCCUCUCCUCCAUCUGCCUCCGUCCCUGUGAGCCCCUUCAUUCCCUCUCUGAUCCACAGGGCUGAGGACGAGAGCCAGCAGAGGGGCACCUGCGAGGGCCUCUACAGCGGCACAGGCAACCAGCCGGCAGGCCACUCUCAAAUCAAGGAGGAGGACCUGGACUGCUUCUACGACAGCCUGUCUCCACAGGCCUCUGGCUUCUCUCAGAGGGACAUUGGCUACUUCAGCACGCCUUCCUUCCGGCCAGGGCAGAGUCGUCUGCUGGGCAGCAACGCCAGCCCCACCUAUCAGACUCCCACCGCCACACACCACAAUGGACGCAACAACUGGAGCUCAACAGUAACUCCUGAUAGCACUUCUCCAGAGUCUCUGUGGAGCCCUCGGUCCUCCAUGGGUAGCAGCUUUGCCAAUGACAGCCAGUUCUUCGCCUUCCCAUCUCCACCUGGACCACCACCACCCUACCCCCACCGCACUGUCCAGUCUGGGUACAUGGGGUCAGUGUCCAACUCUCCUGCCUCGCCGGAUUCGGCUUGCUGUGACAUGGGGCCAGACAAUUCCUCUUUCUCCGUCCAAUACUCCUCAUUCAGCGGGAUGUGGGACAUGCCGACCUCGGAGCAAUUUACCAAUCUGGCUCCUCUACCUGACUUGUCUUCUCAGUGUUUGGAGGAUGUCCUUGGGGAGAUGCAGCCAGACUGGUGGAAAGUCAGAGGGCCUGUGGACCCCCCUAGCAAAGAAUAAGACUACAUUAGAGACUUACUUAUACAGCAGAGCUGUCCGGAGCUCUCCCUUCUUUUAGGCCUGUAUUCAUUGCUGCUACCUCACAUUUAAUGCAUUUGUAUAAAAAGAAGAGUUGAACUUUAGAAUAUAUAUUUAUUUUGUAUUUAUUAGGUUGUAUUUAAGGUAUAUUUAUUUGCU